GUAUUUAGUUCCGUGAGUCAAGUGAACACCAGUUUGCAUCAGCGGGGUUUUUUUACAUUAUUGAAGAUGCCAGGAGGAGAUAAAGAGACGGAUCUGUCCGAGCGCAUUGAAGCGUUUCUGGCGGAGCUAAAGCGAUGCGGCAGCGGCACGGGAUCUCUCCGGGGCUCCGCGGAAACUGCCCGAGAAACGACCGCUUUACUCCGCAGAAUCACCGCGCAGGCCCGCUGGAGCAGCGCUGGUGAGCUGAUGGAGAUCAUACGGAAAGAGGGCAGACGCAUGACAGCAGCGCAGCCAUCAGAAACCACCGUCGGGAACAUGGUCCGCAGGGUGCUGAAAAUAAUCCGCGAAGAAUAUGCGAGGUCGAGAGGCAGCAGUGAGGAGACGGAUCAGCAGGAGUCGUUGCACAAGCUCCUGACGUCCGGAGGAUCCAGCGAGGACAACUUCAGACAACACUUCGCCCAUCUCAAAGCCAAUGUCAUCGAAGCCAUCAAUGAACUGCUGACAGAACUGGAGGGAACCACAGACAACAUCUCCAUGCAGGCUCUGGAACACAUCCACUCGAAUGAAGUCAUCAUGACUAUCGGAUGCUCCAGAACAGUGGAGGCUUUCCUUAAAGAUGCAGCGCGGAAGCGCAAAUUUCACGUUAUCGUUGCGGAAUGCGCGCCCUUCUGUCAGGGACACGAAAUUGCCACAAGUCUUUCCAAAGAGGACAUCGAGACGACAGUCAUACCAGAUGCUGCCAUCUUUGCUGUGAUGUCACGAGUCAAUAAGGUCAUCAUCGGCACACAGACGGUUCUGGCUAACGGAGGUCUGCGGGCUGUUAACGGCACACACACUUUGGCUCUAGCUGCCAAACAUCAUUCAACCCCUCUUGUCGUGUGUGCACCCAUGUUCAAACUCUCGCCGCAGUUUCCUAAUGAGGAGGACACGUUCCAUAAAUUUGUUUCGCCACAUGAAGUUCUGCCUUUCAGUGAAGGUGAGAUCUUGUCUAAAGUCAACGCUCACUGUCCAGUAUUUGACUACGUGCCUCCAGAACUCAUCACAUUGUUUAUAUCCAACAUCGGUGGAAACGCUCCGUCAUACAUUUACCGUCUGAUGAGUGAACUUUACCACCCUGAAGAUCACGAACAAUAG